CCUUCGCCUGCACCUCGCUUCUUCCUCUCCAACUCCAUCAAUGGCCGUUCCACAUUCUCCCUCCCCGCUCCCUGUUUCUCCUCCCCGAUUGAAUCUCUCAACCAAACCCGGGUCUAAACUCUGCUGCUGUUCUUCCUCAGAUCCGCCUCCGCAAUCCCAUGGAGAAUCUCAUUUCCUUGGUCAACAAACUCCAGCGAGCUUGCACUGCUCUUGGCGACCAUGGCGAAGAGAGCGCUUUGCCCACUCUCUGGGACUCCCUCCCCGCCAUUGCCGUCGUCGGAGGCCAGAGCUCUGGCAAGUCAUCGGUUCUGGAGAGCAUUGUUGGAAAAGACUUUUUACCUCGUGGAGCUGGGAUUGUCACCCGUCGCCCUCUUGUUUUGCAGCUUCAUAGGAUUGACGAUGGAAAAGAAUAUGGAGAGUUCAUGCAUCUCCCUAGGAAGAAAUUUACCGAUUUCGCUGCCGUGAGGCAGGAAAUAUCAGAUGAAACUGAUAGAGAAACAGGACGCUCCAAACAAAUUUCAAGUGUUCCAAUCCAUCUCAGUAUCUAUUCCCCUAAUGUUGUUAACCUGACACUAAUUGAUCUUCCUGGGCUGACAAAAGUAGCUGUUGACGGCCAGUCUGAAAGCAUUGUUCAAGAUAUCGAGAACAUGGUCCGAUCCUUUAUUGAAAAGCCUAAUUGCAUCAUUCUGGCCAUUUCUCCAGCCAACCAGGAUCUUGCAACAUCUGAUGCAAUUAAAAUCUCUCGUGAAGUAGAUCCUAAAGGUGAGAGGACAUUUGGAGUUCUGACAAAAAUCGAUCUUAUGGACCAAGGAACUAAUGCAGUUGAUAUCCUGGAAGGAAAAUCGUAUAAACUGCAGUUUCCUUGGAUUGGUGUUGUUAAUCGUUCACAAGCUGAUAUAAAUAAAAGCGUUGAUAUGAUUGCAGCUCGUCGUAGAGAGCGUGAAUAUUUUGCUACUAGUCCAGAGUACAAGCACAUGGCUAGUAGGAUGGGUUCUGAACAUUUAGGGAAGAUGCUUUCAAAGCAUCUGGAAACUGUCAUCAAGUCUAGAAUUCCAGGCCUUCAGUCUCUUAUCAACAAAACGAUUGCAGAAUUGGAGGCAGAAUUGAGCCGUCUUGGAAAACCUAUUGCUACUGAUACCGGAGGAAAAUUAUAUAUGAUCAUGGAAAUUUGUCGCACUUUUGAUCAGAUAUUUAAAGAACAUCUAGAUGGCGUACGAUCAGGUGGAGACAAAAUCUAUGCUGUGUUUGACAAUCAAUUCCCAGCUGCUUUAAAGAGACUGCAAUUUGACAAGCAUCUUUCCAUGGAAAAUGUUCGAAAGAUAAUAACAGAAGCAGAUGGAUACCAACCUCAUUUAAUUGCACCGGAGCAAGGGUAUCGCCGGCUUGUUGAAUCUUCCUUGGUAACCAUUAGAGGUCCUGCUGAGGCAGCUGUGGAUGCGGUUUUUUCUCUUCUCAAAGAGUUAGUUCAGAAGUCAAUCAGUGAGACUAUGGAAUUAAAGCAAUAUCCUACUUUGAGAGUGGAGGUUUCAAAGGCAGCUAUCGACUCAUUAGAGAGGAUGAAGGAAGAAAGCAAGAGGGCCACCUUACAGCUAGUGGAUAUGGAAUGUGGUUACUUAACUGUCGAAUUUUUUCGCAAGCUUCCUCAAGAUGUUGAAAAGGGUGGAAAUCCAACACAUUCAAUUUUUGAUAGAUAUAAUGAUUCUUAUCUUCGGCGAGUUGGAUCCACGGUGUUGGCCUAUGUCAAUAUGGUUUGUGGGACUCUGAGGAAUUCAAUUCCAAAAUCAAUAGUAUAUUGUCAAGUUCGGGAGGCCAAACGCAGUUUGCUCGAUCAUUUCUUCGCAGAAUUGGGUACAAAGGAGUCUAGACAAUUAGGAAAAAUGUUGGACGAGGAUCCCGCCAUCAUGCAACGCCGAACCUCAAUCGCGAAAAGGUUGGAGUUGUAUAGAAGUGCCCAAACCGAGAUUGAUGCAGUUGCUUGGGCUAAGUAGAGAGAGACUCAAUCUAACUCUAUUACUUGAAUGCUUUUUCUUAAUAAUUAAAAUCAUUGAGGCAAAAAUCUCAAUUCCCUUGCCUUCCAAAACCUCGGAACUUGAUAAAUUUGGUUUUGGUGAUAAGCUGGUACAAGCUGAAUCCCUUCAAUUUUGUUGGCAAAAGAGAGAACAAUUUAUGUCUCAUCUGUGACAAGCUUGAGAUUACACUUCUAUAAUUUUUCAAUUUCCUCAUGUAGUUAAAAUUUUUCUUAGUUGUUAUAAGCACUUGUCAUUGAAUUCAUUUGUUCAU